AUUAAAACCGGAGAAGAAGAAGAAGAAGAACACGACGUCACGGAAGUAAACAAGAGCAUGUCACACAGACAGACUCAUUCAAGAGAAAUGAACGGCCAAGCGGACGUAGAAGUCGACUACAAGCGGAAAUACAAGAAUCUCAAACGAAAAUUAAAAUUCCUUGUUUAUGAACAGGAAUGCUUUCAGGAGGAGCUGAGGAGAGCACAGAGAAAACUUCUCAAAGUUUCCAGAGACAAAAGCUUCCUUCUGGACAGACUGCUGCAGUAUGAGAGGGUAGAUGAAGACUCCUCAGACUCAGAUGCAACAGUUUCUUCAGACAAUAGUGAAGGAGACGGCCCCAGGGAGAGGGAAAGAGAACGAGACGGAGCGAAAAAGCGAAGAAGUAGUCCCGGGGCGUGUCUCCCCUCAUCAUCCUCACCUCAUCUCUCCCUGCUUUCCCGUCCUGGUGUAAAUACCCUACAGUCAUCAGGCUCUGGACCCUACCUCAACACCAUGCCCUUCCCACCAGAGUAUUUGGCUCCCCCAGCUGAACGAAUGAAGAAAGAGAGAAAAACAAAGACGCCUAAAAACAAGCGAGACACAACGGGGAAGGUUGUUGCCCCAAUGGCAGCUAAUUACCCAUCAGCCCCUGCAGUCCCACCAGCAGGCAGCGGCCCCUUCAGCUGGGUUCCCAGACAGAUGCUUAGUGGAGAUGCAGCUGAGGAGGAGGGAGACAGCGAUGGAGACAGCGACAGAGGAGAUGAAGACCGAGGGGAGGGAGACGAGGCUGAACUGGUCAUUGACCUCCCUAAUGAGUGAGAGCCGCUGUGUGUUUUAGAUGUAUUUAUAGGCAAGAGAUGGAGGGUUUGUACAUCCCUGUGUUUUUGAGUGGACAAAAGGAGGGCCAAGCUCCCCCUGUGGACUUUUGCUUAAUUGCAAUAUCACUGUUAAAAAUAUCUCCCAGAUGAAUGUUUUCCAAAAUGAUGUUAAGAAUUCAAUCUGUCAGUAAAUAAGAGUUUGUAAGUUUUAGGAAAAAUCCACUGCCACUGGAAUGAAAGAAUACUUUGCUUUUUUCAACCAUUUCAAGCUGGAGGCUGAAUAUUUUUUGUCUAAACAGUCGAGCGAUCUAUAAACUGUGACUACAACUAGGUGGAACCUGCACAAAGACAGCAUUCUUUUGUCUGUUUUUCAUUUUCAAAACCCAUCUCAGACUUGGAAUUGCAUUAAUACUGCAGUCCUUUAAAGCUGUUUCAGUAUGAUAUGGAUUUUUCUGGUGUUACGUUGUCUUUGCUUGUUACAAGCAGUUUUGUCAUUCGUUCUUCUACUGUUUUUUUUUAAACAAUUUGUCAAAAAUCAAAGCUAGGUCAUGUUAAUUGAGAUGUAUUAUUUUUGCACCUAUCAAACUGUGUGUGUCAGAGAAUACAACGUAAAAUGUUAUAAUUUCAGAUGACUAAAUGUUUUCAUUUAAAGUUAAAUGGUGUCCGGUUUCAUUCACAGGUUCUGAUGACAAAAUGCUACAGAGGCUAUUUUACAUUAAACAAUUUGUUAAGGUUGUUGUAUGUUUGUUUAAACAAAAAUCUCAUUGCACCAUUUUAGAUGAUUGUAUCGAAUAACCUGAUGCCCCACCCAAAGCAUCACACCCUAAAAAUCAUUCCAG